GGGGGGCUGAGAUGGGGGAGGGGGCAUUGGAAUGACACCAGGUGGAAGCACUGUGAGCUCACAGGUGGUCCACUGUGAGGCACCACCGGGGCCACCGAUUGGUGGAGAGGGAGUAUAAAGCCCCAGGAUUGCUAAGAUAGGGCCCAGACCGAAGAAGGUUUGCUGGAAAGCAGAUCCCUGGUCUCCAUCUAAUUGCUCCUAAGCCUCACGCUCCUUUGCCCCUCGCGUACUGUUGCUUCCCUGAUUGACCUUCUCCCUGACCUGUAGCUAAACCUUCUACCAGCGCUUCAGAACUUAAUUUGAACCGGAUCCUUUCCCAGACCCCUUUCUUAUUCUUCUCCUCCUCCUCCCCCUCCAAGUGCCCAACAGCCCCCUUCUCCUCCUUUCCCUUCUCUUGCCUCCCCUCCCCUCCCCCUUCCCUCCCCUUCUCCUCCCCCUCCCCAACUCAGAUCUGGGCGCCCGUCCCCAUCCCCUUCCCUCCCCCCGCCCUAAGCCACCCCCACCUCUGUCCUGGCUGCCUCAGGGCACCCUGAGAGGACCAGGACAUGAGGGUGCAGUGGCUGUUCUUUUGGCUCCUCCCGCUGGGAUUUAUCAGCCAUCAGUCCACCCAUGUUAUCCAUUCUCUGCAUGACCAUUUUCAUCCUGGGACUGACUUUUGUGGAAUUCCGCGGAUAGUUAUCAUUAUUGUGUUUCUGGGAAUUUCUACACUUGCCAUUUUCCUCUGGAAAACUAAUCUUUGUGUGUCUUUCCUGAAGACUGUCUUAAAGUCACGAAAUGUACAUGACAGAUCCACGGAUGUACAUUGGAAAGCCUGGAGGUCCAAUAGCCGUAGCCAGGAAGGAAUUAAAAUUGGCAUGGAAGACCUCUAUACUUCACGGAGAUAUAUGGAAGCCAAAGUUCGAGCUGAAGUCCAUAAGGUGACGACGAAGGUCAACAGUCAUUACAAAAUCAAUGGACAGAGGAAGACUCCCAAGGAAGAGAAGCUAAGAAUGAAAGAAUGUGAGCAAGCAGAAAUGGACAGGCAGCUAUCAGAGGCAGAGGAAAAUGGGAAAUCAAUUAUGAAAGAAAUAGACACCUACAUGAAAUUGUUUCACGCUGCGGAAAGGUUGCGGCGGCGGGCAGAGGACUACUACAGACGCAAAAUCACCCCUUCUGCAAGAAAGCCUCAUGCCAACUGGGUAAGUUUGUUUGUUUUCUUUGCUUUUGGACAUAGUCUGCCAGGUCAGGACAUGGAUGUGUUUUUCUGCCCACAGCUCUGUGCUCAAGCCUUGCAGAGGAAGAUGGCAGAGAGGAAGGCUGCCUCCAAGCAGCAAAGGUGUGAAAUGAGGGAAAAGCAGAGAGUGCCAGAGAGACACAGGAGUCAGGAGCCAGUCCAGGGAGGACCGGGCCUAGAGAACCCUUUCUGGAGGGCAGAUUCAGGACCUCAUUCGGUUCCCAUGAGGAACAGCAGCUGCGUCCCAGCUGAAAACAGAGAGAAGACAAAGGUCAGAAUGGCUGCAGUGGGGCAUCAUCAUUCCUCAGGAUUGCCCUACUGGCCCUACCUCACAGCUGAAACUUUAAGAAAAAGGAAGGGCCACCAGGCACCUCCUCCAACUCAGUGUCAUCUGGGAGGUCAACCACCUCCCUCAGCUAAAGGUCAUCUGAGACCUCUGAAUCUUUCUCGACUACAGUGUCGGCUAGGACCUCAACCACAUUCUACAACUGAUGAUUUUCUGAGAAGAGAUAAACUUCAAGUCGAGUGUCCCCUGGGACCUGUAUCAUUCCCUCCAGCUGAAGAUUUUGUGAGCCUCAAGACACCUCCCGAGUGUCUUCUGGUACCUCUUCCACCCUCUCCAGUUGACGACUUUCUGACACCAGAGAAACCGCCCGUCCAGUGUUGCCGGGGACCUGUACCAUCUCCUCGAGCUCAUAAUGUUAGGAAACGCAAGACACCUCCCGACUCUUUUUUUGUACCUCUUCCACCUUCUCCAGUGGAUAAUUCUCUGAGCCUCAAGACACCUCCCGAGUGUCUUCUGGUACCUCUUCCACCCUCUCCAGUUGACGACUUUCUGACACCAGAGAAACCGCCCGUCCAGUGUUGCCGGGGACCUGUACCAUCUCCUCGAGCUCAUAAUGUUAGGAAACGCAAGACACCUCCCGACUCUUUUUUUGUACCUCUUCCACCUUCUCCAGUGGAUAAUUCUCUGAGCCUCAAGAUACCUCUCGAGUGUCUUCUGGUACCUCUUCCACCUUCUCCAGUUGAUGAUAUUUUCACACCACAGCCACGUCCCAUCUACUGUCGCCUGGGACCUGGACCAUCUUCUCAAUCUGAUGAUUUUCCGAGAGUCAAGACACCUCCCGAGUGUUUUUCUUACCUCUUCCACCUUCUCCGGUUGAUGACUCUCUGAGCCUCAAGUCACCUCCCGAGUGUCUUCUGGCACCUUAAAGCACCGAGGUGCUUUAGUCAACUGAGUCUGCCCAAAACUAAAAAGCAUCCAUUCAAAAGUACUUCACUCAGGAACAAGGCUGAAGUUGGUCAGCUGGAACAGAGAGAGAGAGUCCAUUAGAGCCACAUGGAAACCAAAGCCCUGGGUUCAUAUUACUGAGCAGGUGGAACUCACUUGUACAAAGGGCCAGUACAUCAGUCCGCUCUGGAAUUUAAAAAAAAAAAAAAAAAAGCAACAACUUAAUUAGAAUGCCUUUUAUUUUUUAUUCAUUUAUUUUGUUUUUUAUUUUUUGAGACAGGGUCUCACUCUGUUGCCCAGACUGGAGUGCAGUGGUGCAAUCUUAGCUCACUGCAACCUCUGCCUCCUGGGUUCAAGCAAUUGUCGUGCCUCUGCCUCCUGAGUAUCUGUGAUGACAGACGCAUACCACCUCACCUGGCUAAAUUUUGUAUUUUUAGUAGAGACGGGUUUUCACCAUGUUGGCCAGGCUGGUCUUGAACUCCCGACCUCAGGUGAUUCGCCCACCUCGGCAUCCCAAAUUGCUGGGAUUACAGGUGUGAGCCACUAUACCCGGCCUAGAAUACCUUUUAGCCACACCAAACAAUUGCACAGUUCAUUCCAUAAAAAAGUAAGAAAUACUAGGCCAACGAGAUGCCAAGGUAGUAUUAUAUUUCAGACUAAGCUGAUUAAAUUAGACUACUAAGGCCUCUAGAGUGAGGGGGUUGGGGAGUUGUGGGGAAAAAAGCUAUUAGGUACAAGACAUUUCUAUUAAUUAUAUAUUUAACAUCAGAAUGAAAAGUCUACUAGAAUCAGUACCAAUUCUGGAAGACAGCCGCUUUGGAAAUGACAGCAUGUAUUUAUGCAUUGCAAUUUCCUGGUUACCAUGAACAAAUGAUGCAGGAAUAUAUUUGUAAAUACAGAAUCAUCAAUGAAUUCUCUUUUUUAAAAUUAAUUAUUAUUUCUUUUUCUGAGACAUGGUAUCUCUAUGUUGCACAGGCUGGUCAUGAACUCCUAGGAAAAGCAACAGUCCCACCGCAGCCUCCCAAAGUGCUGGGGUUACAGGCAUGAGCCACCUCACCCUGCUGAAUUAUUUUAUUUAUUUAUUUUGUUUGAGAUGGAGUCUCAUUCUGUCGCCUAGGCUGGAGUGCAGUGGCAAGAUCUCGGCUCACUGCAACUCUGCCUCCUAGGUUCAAGCGAUUCUCCUGCCUCAGCCUCCUGAGUAGCUGGGAUCACAGGCACCUGCCACCAUGCUCGGCUAAUUUUUGUAUUUUUAGUAGAGACAGGGUUUCACCAUGUUGGCCAGGCUGGUCUUGAAGUCCUGACCUCAGGUGAUCUGCCUGCCUCGGCCUUCCAAAGUGGUGGGAUUACAGGUGUGAGCCACUGUGCCCAGCCUUGAAUUGUUAAAACUAUAUACCAAAUCAUUGUUUAUGGAAUAAUUUUCAAUAAUAUAUUCAAACUAUGUGAUGCUAUAGCACAAGUUUAGCUGAAAUUUUCAUAUAUUACAAAAUAUCUUAGACAUUUUAACAAACUUUAUCCUAUACAGUCCGAUAAAAAAGUCACCAUUAUGAAUUAUUUUUUAAAAAAAGUCUUGGUAUGUAAAUUGUAUGUCAAAAAAAACUAGAGGUUUUUAAAAUAGUUCUUAAAAGUGGUAUUACAGACUUAUUUUCUUCUUUUUACUAAUUUGUAUUUUCUGAAGUUUCUAAAAUGAACAAUUGCAAUAAAAGCUUUAUAAUAUUUAUGUUUAUAUUU